AUGAAGCAAGAGAUCGUGCUGAAGCUAGACUUGCACGGCCGCGUACAGGAGAAGGCGCUCGAAUUAGUCACCAAACUCGCUGGUGUCGAGUCGGUGACCGCGGACCCGAAGGAUGGGAAGAUCACGGUCAUUGGGGACAAUGUUGAUGUGCUCGACGCCGUGCAAAAGCUGCGAAGGGUCCACGUGUACGCUACUGUCGCCUUGGUCAAGCAGAUCAAGAAGAAAGACUACAGCGGCCAGGAGGAGGAAAUUGGUGCCAUUCCGUACAGGUUUACAGACAGGUUCUUGAACCGCAUCACGAAUAAUUUCUCCAAGGAGCGCAUAAUUGGUCGCGGUCGGCGUGGACUAGUUUACAAGGGAAUACAGGACAAUGGGGAAUACAUUGCUGUGAAGAAGCUUAAUCUCAUGUCAGGGCUUGACGAUGAGGAAUUUAACAAUGAGUUUAAUAAUCUUAUGAGGGUCCAACACCAAAAUACCGUACAGUUAGUUGGUUACUGCCAUCAUACAACACAAGUGCUUGCCAAGCACAAUGGAAAACAUGUUUCUGCUAGAGUGGAAGAAAGAUCUCUAUGCUCUGAAUACUUGCACGGAGGAAGCCUUGACAAGCAUCUUUCUAAUGAACCAUGUGCUCUUGUUUGGCGCACAUGUUACAAAAUAAUUAAGGCACUGUGUGAGGGUUUACAUUACCUUCACAAAGGAUUCGAGUAUCCUAUUUACCAUCUGGAAUUGAAACCUACAAAAGUUUUGCUGGAUAAGGAUAUGAUGCCCAAAAUUGGAGGUUUUGGUUUUCCUGGACUCUUUGAUUCAACAGAAACCUCCAACGCAACAGAAGUUAAAGGAACAAGAGUAUACAUGCCGCCAGAAUACAUCAGUAAAUGUCAGAUCACACCAAAGUUUGAUGUCUUCAGUCUAGGCAUUAUAAUCUUGCAAAUAAUGGCAGGAAAGGAAAGCUACACCAAAUGCUUAGAUACUUCCCCUGAAGUAUUUAUUGAGAUUGUAUAUGAAUACUGGGUAAAAAGGAUGCAGCGCACAAUAUCGAAGCAUACUUCACGUGAAGUUAGAACAUGCAUCGAAAUAGCUCUAGAAUGCGUGGAGUCCAGUCCAGUGAACAGGCCUACUAUAAAUCAGAUCAUACACAAACUGAAUAAGAUUGAUGUUGUUGAGUGCUCAUCUGUAGGUCAGCUACAUAGAACAAAGGAGUUUCCAUUCGAGUUCUUAGAAAAUAUUACAAAUGGUUUUUCUGAGCAAAACAUAGUUGGCCGUGGUGGAUAUGGAGUUAUUUACAAGGGAAUGCUGGCCAAUGGAGAAGAGGUUGCUGUUAAGAAACUUCAUCAAAUGUUGUGGAUUGAUGAUGAACAAUUUAAGAAUGAGCUUAAUAAUUUAAUGAUGGUCCAACACAAAAAUAUUGUACGGUUAGUUGGGUACUGCUACCAUACAUCACAGAUAGUUGUUGAGUACAAGGGGAAUCAUGUUUCUGCUAGUGUGGUAGAGAGAGCAAUUUGUUUGGAAUAUGUGGAGGGUGGAAGCCUUGACGAUCAACUUUCCGCUGAACCCUGCAGACUUGAUUGGGACACAUGUUACAAGAUAAUAAAAGGAAUCUGUCAGGGUUUACAUUACCUUCAUAAUGAUGAUACUCCCAUUUACCAUCUGGACUUGAAACCAGCAAAUAUUUUGUUGGAUAAGGAUAUGGCGGCAAAAAUUGCUGAUUUUGGUUUGUCUAGACUUUUUGAUUCAGCACAAACCUAUAUGACACAAUCCGAAGAUAUUAAAGGAACAAGUGGAUACAUGCCCCCAGAAUACAUCAACAGACAGAAAAUCAGUCGGAAGUUUGACGUAUUUAGUCUCGGGGUCAUAAUCAUACAAAUAAUGGCAGGAAAGGAGGGCUACUAUAGUUUUCCAUACUCCCCUCAGAAACAAUUCAUUAAGAAUGUACGUGAAAACUGGCGAACUAAGGAGCAGGCAACAAUGUCGCCCCAUGCAUCUGAAGAAGUCAGCACAUGCAUCAAAAUAGCGUUGAAGUGUGUGGAGGAUGACCGAACGCGAAGGCCUACAAUAACCCAGAUUGUUAGUGAACUAAGCAACAUUGGUGUUGCUAAAAGUUCACGCAUCAGCCAGUGGGCGAACAAGCUGGCUGCAUUCAAGAACUUCUUAUUACCCACUCACUUAAAAGUAAAACAUUGGCCGUUCCUCUUGGUCGCAGUGAUUGCCAUGUUUCCGGCAUGGCUUCAAUUCUGUCCAGAUUCAUGGUGCCAAGGGAUUACAAGGGGAACGUAA